UGAUUACUAAAGAUUGACGCCGAGGACGCCAUUGUUGUAAAAAGGUUUUGAAAAUAUAUUUCACGUGCUCAAAGAGAUUGUAGUGAAGACACUAGAUCAAGUUAAAUAAAACAAACAAUGGCUGAUAACGACGAUCUUCUCGAUUACGAAGAUGAAGAGCAGGCAGAUCAGCAGACCGCUGAUGGAGCAACCGAAGCGGCGCCAAAAAAAGAGGUUAAAGGCUCCUACGUAUCUAUCCACAGCUCCGGCUUUAGGGAUUUUCUCCUGAAACCAGAGAUCUUACGUGCUAUCGUCGACUGUGGUUUUGAACAUCCUUCAGAAGUUCAACAUGAGUGCAUUCCGCAGGCGGUAUUGAGCAUGGAUAUCCUAUGCCAAGCGAAAUCGGGUAUGGGCAAAACAGCAGUGUUUGUUUUGGCUACUUUGCAGCAAUUGGAGCCUUCGGAGAAUCAUGUAUACGUGCUAGUUAUGUGCCAUACAAGAGAGCUAGCUUUCCAGAUCAGCAAGGAGUACGAAAGAUUUUCUAAAUACAUGUCGGGAGUUCGUGUUGCGGUGUUCUUCGGUGGCAUGCCAAUACAGAAGGAUGAGGAGGUGCUCAAGACGGCUUGCCCGCACAUCGUUGUCGGUACCCCCGGAAGAAUUCUAGCGUUAGUGAACAGUAAAAAACUGAAUUUGAAACAUCUGAAGCAUUUUAUCCUGGACGAGUGUGACAAGAUGCUUGAAUCUCUAGAUAUGAGGCGGGAUGUACAGGAGAUAUUUAGGAAUACCCCUCAUGGCAAGCAGGUCAUGAUGUUUUCUGCUACCCUUAGUAAGGAGAUCCGGCCAGUAUGCAAGAAGUUUAUGCAGGACCCCAUGGAAGUGUAUGUGGAUGACGAAGCCAAGCUGACACUGCACGGCCUGCAGCAGCACUACGUCAAGCUCAAGGAAAAUGAGAAAAAUAAGAAAUUAUUUGAGCUCUUGGAUGUGCUAGAAUUUAAUCAAGUGGUUAUAUUUGUGAAGUCUGUGCAAAGAUGCAUAGCUUUAGCUCAACUCCUGACUGACCAGAACUUCCCGGCAAUUGGCAUUCAUCGUAACAUGACACAAGAUGAGCGUCUCUCACGAUACCAGCAAUUUAAGGAUUUCCAGAAGAGAAUUCUAGUGGCCACUAAUCUUUUUGGACGAGGAAUGGAUAUUGAAAGAGUGAAUAUUGUAUUCAACUAUGAUAUGCCUGAGGAUUCGGACACAUACCUGCAUCGUGUAGCUCGUGCGGGCCGUUUUGGUACCAAAGGUCUUGCAAUUACCAUGGUGUCUGAUGAGAAUGAUGCCAAAAUUUUGAACGAGGUCCAAGAUCGCUUUGAUGUAAAUAUAACAGAGUUGCCGGAAGAAAUUGAGUUGUCUACUUACAUUGAAGGGCGAUAGAUUUAAAAAUGUACUUCAUUCCUCUACUAAUUAACUUCAUUAAUUUUGUAUCAAUCAGCUGAUAUCAAAUUGUGAUUUUGUUAACACUUAAGAACCGUGUUGUCUAAGUAUUCUCGUAGGCAUUUGGUUUGUAUAAUUAAGAAGUCUACACUAGUUUUGUGUCCAAAUAUUUUUAGGUUAAAGAGUAAUUAAACUGACAUUUGGUAUUUACUAAA